UGAGUUCGUACGUCAUGUGAAUCGGUCGGUCGGUCCGGACGACAUUACCACCAGGGUAAACCGGUGUACCCCGCUUCGCGUUACUGUCUGGCCGUACGUGCGUGCGUGCGCCAGCCUGUGUGUGUGCACACGUACCUUAUUACAAUCAGUGUUUCACGUUUCGUGUCCAAAGUCCGUCGCUGCAAAGUAUGUCCUGCGGUCUAAAAUCUCCGAAUGUCGUCGUCUCUGCGCGGAGACCAGGCACCCGUAGUGUCAUCGGUUCCGGCACGUCCGAGCGUGAUUCGUCGCCCUUUGAGCGUUCCGAAUAGUGACAAUCUAAAUCGUUAUUUAUCCAAAACAGAAAAUAAAUAUCUUUAAUUGUUAUUAUUGGUGGAAGUGAUUUUCCGUAAUAAUUUGAGAGUAGUUCUUCGCUCUUUGAGCAGCCAGAAAAGAAGCAGCAAAAAACAGCAACGGCAGCAACAGCAGUAGUUUUGUGGUAGAAAAGAAGCGAAAAAUAUUUUCAAACUUGUUCUUGUAGUGGCCAGCACUAGUUGUGUGUAGUGCUCGACCCAAGCAAGAUACCAGGCAACUCGCGCGCGUCACGAAGACCCCCAGAAAACGAGUCUGGUCAGCGCGCGGACGACAUUGAGCCUGUGUGCGCAAGUGGUACUUUUUGUGUAAAGGUAUGAGAUUAUGUGGCAACAGCAACAGCAGCACCAGCAAAAGCGAAGACGACGACAUAUGCAGUAACAACGAAAACAACGUCAGCAGAAGCAACAGCCGGAAUAUACGCUUUCAAGGAUUGUGCAACGCACGAACAAAUGAUCGAAUGCAACUUGUUCCGGAGGAAGGCUUUCGAGAAUUUACCGCUGCUGGUGUAGCGGAAUGUGCUGUUGAAUCAAGCCAGUGAGUGAAGGAAUGAAAGAGGAAGCAAAAAAAGGCGGAGAAAGAGAAAUGUGCGAAUAAAGAGCAGCACAGAAAAGUGCGUUUCGUAUUACCCUCCUCUCCAUGCAAAAGGGGAAAAUCGUGCGAAAUGUGUUAAGCAGAAAAGGUGUUCAUGAUUACCUGUUACAACGGUUAUAAAUUAUCGAAUAAUGUUGAGAAAAGUGAUAAACCCAUGUUUUAUUUAUUGAUGCACUGAACAUGUUUCAUAACAGAAUUGAAUUAGCUAAAUAAACAUCUGGCCCGCUGCAAGUCGUGAAAGUUUGAAACGCAAAGAAAGACUGCUAUCGGGGAUGAAGAACUUCCAGAUAAGAUUUCCCUCUGUCACCAAGUAGAAGAACACACAACUUUGCGAUCGUAAAAGUUAAAUAAAAAGAAGAGCGAAAAAGUGACUAUAACUCACCAAUGUUAUCAGCAAAUGGAUUGUGGUUUCCUGAUAAGCUUACCGUGCACAUACUGUGUUCUCGAUCAUCCCAAAGAGUGAAGUGAACGCGAGGUUUUGUUUCUACAUUCGUGUACGCAAGUGUCAACUUAGAAGCGUGGAGAAAGAGCUUUAGCAAAGUUUCCCUUCGAUUUUACCGGAUAAUAAUUACCGUGGUCAUUAAGAAAAUGAGCCCCCGUUUCACUAGAAAUUCGAUGCAUUGAAAAAAAACCUGGUCAGUACCGUCAGCUUCGACGUAGUGAAUGAGCAGUGCAACAAAUUUCCGUAUCAACCGAAUCAAGAGAGAGAGAGAGAGGUGAAAAAAAGUGUGCUAAGUGAUUAAAAAGUGAGGAAUAAAAGUAAACCAACAAAUAAAGAAAGCAUUAAUGACGACGGAGCUGUGUGAUAAUUGAUAAAAGCGGAAAGAAAAAGAAGAAGAUAAUACAUCAGCAGAAGUGUUUUGUGCUCUAUCGACCCGAAAAGGAAGUGUUCGAAGGAGAAAUGAAAAAUCUAUAGGAAAGCGAAACAUAGCGGAAAGAGCGAAGAAUCGAAACGAAGGCAGCCGGGCGAAAUUGGAAGUGGAAUACCGGAUUUGUCAAGUGCGAAUCGGUAGCAACGGUGAUUGAUUUUUUUUUCCAGUUGCAACAAACAACGGAAUCCGUUCCGAAGUGGUGUGCAUUUAUGUGGCAGCAUAUGUGCUGAAUGCAUUCGGGAGUCCUGUUUUCAGUGUUUGUUCCGACAUCAUCAACAUUUCUCCGGCUGGAACGUGUCUAAACAGUGCCUCAAAAUUUGGAAUUACUCGUUAGAGUCGGUGGCUGGCGUAUCAGCGACCACGGAGCGAUUAACAGCUCCCCCGGCGCCUCCCCAGGGCCACUCGCCCCUUCAACUCAUCGAUGAGCCCCACAUGUCCAUUGCUGCGGCUGAAAAUGCAGGGCUUGGCCCAUGUGAACUUCCUUUGCCGGACCAGUGGCUCGUCCAUACACAGCUCUCACAAACAACAGCGCAAUCGUCGUCACAACAAUAUUCAUCAUCGUCGCAAGCAAGUGGCCCUAGCUUGGGUUUGGGUGGACUGUCAACACUGCCGUUGCAAGCGCAGCAACCUCAACAACAACAACAGCAACAUUCCACCAACAGCAGUUCUCACCCUCAACCGCCGUCAACAUCACAGCAACCGCACCAUCUGCAGUCGAAAAUAAUGAACGCCGUGGUUCCGGCCGUGUCGGUUCCGGCAGCAACCAAAAAGAUUCGUAGGAAACCAGAUACGAAGCCCCAAUCACAGAUCAACAAGUGCAACAACGAGAAACGCCGCCGAGAGUUAGAGAAUGAAUACAUCGAGCAACUCGGCGAGUUUCUUCAGAUAAACAAGCGGGAUAUGACCGCUUGCAAACCGGACAAAGCAGCGAUACUCAGUGAAGUGGUGCGAACGUUUCGCCGAUUGUUGGAGCAGGGAAAUCGUGAUCUAACCGGACCGAACCGGUGCUCCAAGUGCUCACCUGACUGCAGCGAUUCCUGCAAGCUGCACCCGGUUCAGCAGGGGGAAGUAUCUUCGACGGAACCACCACUACCGGAACCGUCUGUCAACGGCCACUCGCCGGAAAAGUCAGCCUACUUCGAAGCGGUUCAGCAUUAUAUUUCGAACGUGGGUUGGGCGCUGCUCGAAAUCAACUCGGAAGGUGUCAUCGAAUGUGCCACCGAGAACGUACUGGACGUGCUUCACUACUCGCGCUCCGAGCUGCACGGCCAGUCCAUCUAUUCGUACCUGCAUACUGGUGAUCAUUCAAAGCUGAGUCCUAUUUUAAAUAAGAAUACGUUUGAGCUAAAUUGGGAACAAGAUGAGAUGUUUUGUCAGACACCAAAGCGAACGAUUCGGACGAAGAUUCGCUGGCUGCUGAAGGCACCGGAGAGUGCCAACGAUACGAUCGAGCAGAAGCAACAGCGUCAGGACAAGUAUAAGGAUCUGCUCAUCAUCUCAGCCCCAGUUAAGGAUGACACCGACACCGAGUCAUCAUCGGUGCUUUGCCUAAUCACACUACCAGAGGACGACCAUCAGGGCGCCAUCGAGAGCAACACUAUGCCACAGACGCUCGACGAACAAUUGACGCUCAAGCUUGAUAUGAGUGGUGACGUUAUAGACUUGGAUGCAGCCACCCUGAGGAAACAAUUUGCAGGAUACCUAACCAAAGAGACUGUACGGUCAAUCCACGAUCUCUGUCACUUCCAGGAUCGACCUCGUUUAAACGAGCACCUUAACAAUGUGAUGAACGCGAACGGAACCGCUCAGGUUUCCUCUUACCGGUUGCGUCUUGGUGGACCGGACGUGUACGUGCACGUCAAAGCCCAGACGAGAUUAUUUCGUAACAACAAACCAAACGAACCGGAUUUCAUUAUGGCCAUCCAUACGAUCCUAAGCGACAGUGAAGUGGCAAUGGUGGAGUGUGGCUUGGCCGGAGGAAACAGUAAUCCUUCGUCGUCGUCUUCGUCCAGCCUGGCGAUACCCAGUGCCAGUAGUAGUGGUGGCGGCAGCACUGCCCGCCAGCUACAGCAAAUUACCCAAGGAGUUAGUAACAUGGGUGGUCCGCUAAUGUCGAGCAUACUGAACGGUGGUAGUGGCGGAGGUGGAGCGGGUGUGCCCGGUGGGCUUCCGGGAUCACUGUCUUCUGUGGUGUCUCCACGGAGUAACCCCAACUCAUCGCUGCUUACUUCGGAUAGUUCAAACUUCUUCAGUUCGGAUUUCGAAUUCGAAUUUCCACAUUCCACGUUCGACAUGGAGUCCGUUGGUGUUGGCUGGGAUUCGCGGCCGGACUCGCGGACAAGUGUAACUCCAGUCAGCACACCUCGGCCACCAUCAGUGACAGCGUAUAGUCCCGCUGCAGCUCCCAUGUGUCCCUCACCUUUAACUCCUUACCACGCUGGAAGCGCCGGAGGUCAACCCUCCCCUUCAAAUAACAAUAAUAAUAACAGUAUGACCAACAACAAUACCGGUCCCUUCGGAGGAAACUUCCCAUUUCCUUUCGACGACAAAGAGAAAAUUCAGGACCAAAUACAUCAGCAGCAGCAGCAACAACAACAGCAGCAGCAACAAUCACAUCAUCACCCGCAGCAGCAGCCGCCGCAGCAACAGCAGCAACACAUGGCCUCACACGACUCAGAGCGAUUACGUAAUCUACUGACAACCAAACGACCUCACUCAAAUGCCUCGUCCUCGUCUGGUUUGGAUAUGGAUCAUGACCCUCGGAACCCGAAUAGGAUUCUGAAGGGCUUACUGAAUUCCGAAGAAGAUAAGGAUAAUAAUGGAAAUAAAUUAAGUACUACUACAACGGGCCUCUCGCACCGUUUACCUCAGUCGGUUAGAAUUCAUCAGGGUAGUGGUGGUAGUGGCUUGGGGGGCAAUCGUCCGGGCGGCACCGAGACCAAACCCGGUAGCAAUAACAUGCUGUUACAGCUACUCAAUGAAAAAAGUGAUGAUGAUGAUUCCGAGUCGCGGAAUCGGCCAAGUGAGCUGAUGAGGCAAUUGCAAAAAGUAAAGGAUGAACCCAAGGAACACCCAGCUCCACUCAACAACGAGGAACUAAUCCAGAUGCUUCGCCUGCAGGGCAACGACCGCAAGCGUCCCUCGAACGAACCGGACGAGGGUGCCGCCGCGAAACGCCCUGACGACAAACCGUCCAAACUGCGCGAGAAGAACAAAAUGUUAGCCUCGCUACUGGCCAACCCGGCCAAGGCUCCAACACCUCUGCUGCCUGGUCACCUGCCCUUGAAUCGCAUCAUCCCCGAUAUACCCAUCAGCAAUGUGGCCCGGCAGAUGCCUCCAGUCACCAGUUCAACGCCACCGAAUCGAACCAUCAACAACAACAACCUGACCACAAACAACAACAAUCUAAAGCAAGUACAACAGAUGAGCCAUCAGCUACGAAUGCAGCAGCAGCAGCAGCAGCAGAUGCGCAAAUCAUGUAUGCCUCCAGAAUCACAACAGCCACCUACUUCAUCCGAUAUCUACCUCAACCAUCAGCAACAGCAGCAUGUACAGGCCUUGCUUCAGCAGCAAAUGGUUGCUGCCCAGCAGCGCCAACAAAACUACUCUCCAGCGAUUCAGGACUCAGGCAUCGGUUCUGUCGGCAGUGGUCCGUUUGCCUCUUCAGCUACAUCGACCUCCAAUCAGCCGACGCCCGAGUGGGAUCCUGAGUUGAACGAAAUACUUAACCACGUAAUCGAUAUCGCCCCAGAGGGAAACUUUGGUGAUAACGAACUCAAUAGUCUUUUAGGAAUAGGUUCCAUCGAGUCAUCCACAUCCGCUACUCCAUCCCAAUCUAGCCAGCAAGACAUUCAGGAAAAGCUAGCUAUCAAUGCGAUCCAGAAAUCCCUGAUGCAAAUCGAAAACGUAUCAUCUCCUAUACAGUACAGCGGUAGCCCUCCUGCGUAUCCAAUGCAUGGAAUGGGACCAGGAGGGUCACCAAUGUCUCAGCAGCAACAGCAGCAGCAGCAGCAACAACAACAGCAGCAAGGCCCAGGAACACCAACAACUUCCAACCCUUCAAAUUUCACCCCACCCCCAGUAUAUACGCCGCGCAUGAGAAUUUCCGGUCCGGGGCCUGGCGCUGGACAAAUGGGAAACGGUGCCCCUGGAGCAAAUGCGCUGGCCAUCCAAAAAGUUCAGCAACAGCGUGAAAGAAUACUUCAAGAGCAUCAGCGGCAGAGACUCCUGCAGCAGCAAAAACAACAGCAAAUGGUAGUGCCGGUGAAUGCCACAGCUAACGCGGAUAUCAACCUGGGAUUAACACCCGGCAUGCAAAACAUCGAGUCAUUGCUCAACAACACCGUCGCUCCGAACGUUUCACUUACUCGAGCAAACAGCGUUUCAGACUCUCAGCUAAGUCCAGGAUUCUCUCCGAGUCAGUUGAUGCAGCAGCAGCUAAGUCCGAGCCAACGAACACAACUUAGUCCACAACAAGCAGGUUUUCAAGGUAACCCAUUUACCAGCAAUCCCGGUCAUCGGAUGUCGCCGCAACAGCAACAGCAACUGGUAGCUAGCUUCCAGCAGAGUAGUGCCGGCAGUCAACAGUUAUCACCGCGUCAACCUCCCUUCAAUAGUGCUCAACAGGUGCCACAGCCUAACGCAGCCACAUUACAGCAGCAGCAACAGCAGUGGCAGCAGAACGCCAAUGCCCGCCUCUCCAUCCAACAGCAGAAUCCUAUGCUUAAUGCUCAACUAUCGACGGUACCGGGUUUCAAUCCAGCCGCCGCUAACCGACAAUUCGUGGCUCCCCAGAGACAGCGAUCGCUCAACUCCCCGGGAACUCCUCGACAAGGCUCGUUUGGUGGCACGGUAGACGGAGGUUUUCCCGGCCCACCGAGUCCCUCGCAGGCUAACACAGCGUCUGGACCCAACUUUGGAAAUCCAGUUUUUGCCAACCAGCAAAUGAGGCUCCAGAGACAGGGUAGUGUUCCUCCCCAAGCCACCCAGCAUCUUCCAGGAUCGCCACGUCCCUCGUAUGGCGGACAUGGACCCAAUGCAGAUGCUAGUGGCUAUGGGAUGAUGUUCAGCAAUGCCGCAAUGCAGCAGCACACGGCGGGCUCACCAGGCGAUUUCUUCAAUCGCAGCCAAACUGGUGCCAACGGUGGUGGGCUGAAUUCGUCCGAGCUGGUCCGGCAGGAGUUACGAGCGGUCGUCAGUGUUCGCGCGCAGAACGCGGCUAGUGGCGGUGUUGGUGGAACGGGCGGCCUACGAACACCGCAAAGUCCGAUCGGCAUGUCGCCCAUGGGAGGAGGUAACGGGGGCUUACAGGGACCUGGAAGUGUGGCAGGAGGUGCCGCUGGUGGCGGAAGCACCCCCGGCGGCGGACCAAGCGUAAUGGGACCAGGUAGCAAUAGCGGUUCCGUGCUUAGUCCCGGCAUGGGGGGCAUCACAGGGAAUCUAGUUAGUAGUGGUGGUGGUGGAGGAGGAGUAGUAGGAGUUACAGGAAGUGGAAGUAGUACGGCAGGAGGAGGAAAUGGAAACAACUCCGGAAACGGAGAUGGUAUGCAGACAUCACAGUUACCAGGUACGUCAUCGUUACUCAACACACCAGGCGACAUGGAUCCGUCAAUGCUAUUCAAUUUUCACCUCGCGCCGAAAGGUAGUAAAUUACAACUAGCUUCUAGCGAAUGGCCAUCGAUAGCCGACGAAAACGAUAACCCUAUCAAGAGGAGUUCUUCGGAGGUAAUACGAGUCGGUGACCCGAAAAAUUCAUCCCUCCUUCUGCAAAAACUUCUGUCGGAUUAAAGUGAUAAAUUUGUUUAGCUUUGUUUUGUAAGUGUAGUUCAGUUGUUUUGUUUUCCGUUUUGUUUUAUUUUAAUAACAAAAAAAAUUUACCUUCAAUGGUUCGGUUAUUUGGAAAUCAACGCCAGCCCAGAGCGUUUUGUAUCCAUUUUAUUUGGCAUUUAUAAAAUUAAAAGAAAAAUACAAAAAAACAUGUUAGUCACUGAUACUACGAGAGAGGAGCAACAAGAAAUGAUAUGAGAUGUGAUGUUAUAUAGUGGGACAAAACCAGAAGCAACAAAAUAACAAAAUGAUAUAAAACUGAAGUAUAUGAAACUAAUAACUAGAAGAAGAAGAAAGUUGUAGCGUCUGUAAAUAUUAGUUAUUGUAAAGUGUAAACUAAGUAUAUAAAUUAAAGUAUAUCUAUAUAUACAGAAUAAAGUUGAUCUAAGGCAUUAGCUAACUAAGUAAAAGAAAUACUAAAUUAAACAACAAAACAAAGUAAGGAAAAUAGAAAUACCUCUAACAUUAGUUCAAACUAAUAACAAGAAAAAGAAAACAAACAUGUUAAUCAUAAUAGAAAUUGUAUCUAAAUUAACCAAAAAUCAAGAGAAAAAGAAAACAAAACACGACAAGUUAAGAAUACCAACAAGUGACGAAUCAAAAUUUAGUUUGCUGGAAGGAAAACCUUCCGCAAAAUCGAUUGGGGCUAUCGAAGACAAAAAGAUAUUGGAUAUAUUCUCGAAAAAAAAAAAACAUUGCAGCUAAGAACAGCCUCAAACCAAAAGGCGGUCGAUAUGCGACCCUAACGAAAAAGAGAAAGAAAAAAAAACAGUAACACAAAAUCGAAAAGUUAAGAGUAAAAAGGAACUUAUACGAAUCAAAGGUUUCGCAUUUAUAUGAAAAAAAAAGAACAUUAUACAAAUUCGACGGUAAUUAGAAGGGUGCGAACAAAAGAAAUAAUGUGACAAGCUUUGCAAGCAAAUUGUUAAACUAGACUUGUUUAGUAGAGGAGAACGUGUUGAAUAAAAGCUUAAAUUGCAUAUGAUUUUUCUUCACUGAUCGACGUUUAGCUCCUGGUUAUAAAAACACACAGAAAAAAAACGUGAGAGCACCUAAAAUUGCCGGUGGUUCCCGCUUCCCGCCGCUCCUAAGCAAACUCAAGUGUUCCUCCUGGAUCAUUGACAAAGUUUCAGCACCGCCGCGUAUCGUCAAGUAGAGUGUGCAUCAGGGAAAAACAAAAGCAGAUACCGAUCGAGGAAAACGUGUGCUGUGAUAAUUAUUUUCUGUUUAUUUUGGAAGAUCGCGACCUCACAAAGUUAUCUGCUGUCGGGCACCGGAAAAUAAACGGUUGCAACGGCAUCAGCACACUCCGCAGCGAAGAAAGUGGUGCAGAAGUGAAGAAGCACACAACAACCUUAGGCAUGUAUGUAACAACCGGACUCGGUCCGCACCGGAGGAGCGAAUUCAAAGUAAAUCAAUGAGCAUAGGCUAGGUUUAGAAGAAACGUGAAACUACGUAGGUACCUCUAAUUCCCAAGCAAAUACUAUUUGUCGGAACGAUAAUGUUUUACACUCACCGACAGAAAAGCCCCUUUCCUGAUGCUUGUACUAAACAAACCGUUUUGGUUUUUCGGAAAAAAGUAGGGAACCGACGGCUCUCAAUCAAAAAAAAAAAAAAAAAAACUGCACAUUUUCGGUUAUUUAUUUUCUAAAUUACAAUUAUCUUUCGGUAUCAUACCAUCUUACUCACAAUCAGGCUUUUCGUCGCCGUUAAGAGUUUGUAUAUUUUGUAUAUGUAUAAAUUGUAAAGUUAGUUUUGAUGCUACUAGCGGAAGUCAGAUUUAGUUCGCUGAUAGCGACCUGUUGAACGGCAAGCAAGUGAAAAAGGAAAAGGAUACAGACUGUAUGAUACGAUGGUACGACGCUAUCUGCGCGCGAGUUACUAAUUUGAUUUGCAUACUACACAAAGUGGAAUGAAGUGGAAGCGAAAGUGUUGUUGGUUGCCGAUAAGCUGAACGCCACUCACAACAAACAAAACCAGCAAAACAAAAAAGAAAAAAACAUAGAGAAAACAUACAUACACACAAACACAUACACACAUGGUUUACUUUAAUUCACUUAUUAAUGAUAGGUUGGAAGCUUCCCUCCCCUCUUCUUCACUUUUGAUUUUAUUAUUAAUCUUAUGCGUACACGAUAUAUGAUAAUUUAAUUUUUAUUAUUAUUGCUAUUAUACAUUUACAUGUUGAGGUUAGUUUUAUUUUGUGUUUUAUGCAAAAAAAGAUGGCGAAAUAUAUUUUUGUUAUGAUAA